ACUACAGAAACCUUAUCCGAUUCUUUGCAACCCAGACCUAAAAAAGAAACAUGACCUGCGGAUCAGGCUUCGGCGGCCGCGUCUUCACCUGCGCCUCAGCCUGCGGGCCCCGGCCUGGCCGCUGCUGCAUCUCCGCCGCCCCGUACCGUGGCAUCUCUUGCUACCGCGGCCUCCCCGGCUGCUUCAGCAGCCACAGCGUCUGCGGGGGCUUCCGCGCAGGGUCUUGCGGACGCAGCUUCGGAUACCGCUCAGGCGGCGUGUGUGGGCCCAGCCCCCCCUGCAUCACCACUGUGUCGGUCAAUGAGACCCUCCUCACGCCCCUCAACCUGGAGAUCGACCCCAACGCCCAGUGCGUCAAGCACGAGGAGAAGGAGCAGAUCAAGUGCCUCAACAGCAGGUUUGCUGCCUUCAUUGACAAGGUGCGCUUCCUGGAGCAGCAGAACAAGCUGCUGGAGACCAAGUGGCAGUUCUACCAGAACCGCCAGUGCUGCGAGAGCAACCUGGAGCCGCUGUUUGAGGGCUACGUGGAGACGCUGAGGCGGGAGGCCGAGUGUGUGGAGGCCGACAGUGGGAGGCUGGCGGCGGAGCUCAACCACGUGCAGGAGGUGCUGGAGGGCUACAAGAAGAAGUAUGAGGAAGAAGUUUCCCUGAGAGCAACAGCUGAGAAUGAGUUUGUGGCUCUGAAGAAGGACGUGGACUGUGCCUACCUUCGCAAGUCAGACUUGGAGGCCAACGUGGAGGCCCUGACCCAGGAGAUCGACUUCCUGAGGCGACUGUAUGAGGAGGAGAUCCGCGUUCUCCAUGCCCACAUCUCAGACACCUCGGUGGUUGUCAAGAUGGACAACAGCCGGGACCUGAACAUGGACUGCAUCAUUGCUGAGAUCAAGGCCCAGUAUGAUGACAUUGCCAGCCGUAGCCGGGCCGAGGCCGAGUCCUGGUACCGCAGCAAGUGUGAGGAGAUGAAGGCUACGGUGAUCAGGCACGGGGAGACCCUGCGCCGCACCAAGGAGGAGAUCAACGAGCUGAAUCGCAUGAUCCAGAGGCUGACAGCCGAGGUGGAGAACGCCAAGUGCCAGAAUUCCAAGUUGGAGGCUGCCGUGACCCAGUCUGAGCAGCAGGGUGAGGCGGCCCUCACUGACGCCCGCUGCAAGCUGGCCGAGCUGGAGAGCGCCCUGCAGAAGGCCAAGCAGGACAUGGCCUGCCUGCUCAAGGAGUACCAGGAGGUGAUGAACUCCAAGCUGGGCCUGGACAUCGAGAUCGCCACCUACAGGCGCCUGCUGGAGGGCGAGGAGCAGAGACUGUGCGAAGGCGUUGGGGCUGUGAAUGUCUGUGUCAGCAGCUCCCGGGGCGGGGUCGUGUGCGGAGACCUCUGCGUGUCUGGCUCCCGGCCUGUAACGGGCAGUGUGUGCAGUGCCCCCUGCACCGGUAACCUGGCAGUGAGCACCGGGAUGUGCGCGCCUUGCAAUUCAGUCAGGUCUUGUGGCCUGGGUACCUGCGGAGUGGGCUCCUGUGGCAUCAGUUCCUUAGGCGUGGGCUCCUGCAGCAGCAGCUGCCGGAAAUGUUAA